CGUGCUUUAGUUAACUCGAACAGUGGUGAACAGUAGUGCCGCGAGCUCACUCGUUUUGUUCUGUAUAAAUAUAUUUAUAUACAAUUAUUAUAGUGCUAAUAGGUUUUAUUGCCAUUUAUUGUUGUGCGGCAGUUUUAAUUGAAUUUGUUGCUCAUAAAAUUUACUUAGAAUUACAAAGUGUAAAGAAGUGCAAACAUAUACAAAGUUAAAUUUUGAAGAAAAAAAUCACUAAAAAUUUAACAAGUGCUCUUCAAUAAAAUGAAUAAUAAUUUGGAAAAUUUGGUGAAGGGUAUUUCUGAUAUAAAUAUGGAUAAGCUUGAUCCUAACGUGUCGAUCGACAUGGAGGCACCCGAGUUCAAAGAUUUUGCUAAAACGAUGGUUGAUUAUAUCGCCGAUUAUUUGGAGAAUAUACGCGAUAGACGUGUUCUUUCCGAUGUAAAACCCGGUUAUUUGCGACCACUCAUUCCCGAUGCUGCACCGGAGACACCAGAAAGUUGGGAGGAUGUUAUGAAGGAUAUUGAGCGGGUUAUAAUGCCUGGCGUCACACACUGGCAUAGUCCCAAGUUCCAUGCAUACUUUCCAACAGCCAACUCAUAUCCAGCCAUUGUAGCAGAUAUGUUAAGUGGUGCUAUAGCAUGCAUUGGUUUCUCUUGGAUUGCCAGUCCCGCAUGUACCGAGUUGGAAGUAGUCAUGUUGGAUUGGUUGGGAAAAAUGAUUGGUUUGCCCAAUGAGUUCUUGGCCUGCUCGGGUGGAAAAGGCGGUGGUGUGAUACAAGGAACAGCCAGCGAAGCAACUCUUGUGGCACUUUUGGGUGCUAAAGCUAAGAAAAUCGAAGAGAUUAAAAAACUGCACCCAGACUGGAGUGAAAAUACAAUAAUUUCUAAAUUGGUUGGCUACAGCUCUUCACAGGCGCAUUCGUCGGUUGAGCGUGCUGGUUUACUUGGUGGUGUUAAAUUGCGUGGCGUCCCAGCUGAUAAAGACAAUCGACUUCGUGGUGAAGCUUUAGAAGCGGCAAUUAAAAAGGAUUUGGAGGACGGACUUAUACCAUUCUAUGCUGUCGUCACUUUGGGCACUACUAAUUCAUGUGCUUUCGAUUACUUAGACGAAUGUGGCCCUGUUGGCAACAAGUACGGCGUUUGGAUACAUGUGGAUGCUGCUUAUGCGGGUGCCGCUUUCAUUUGCCCCGAAUAUCGUCAUCUGAUGAAAGGCAUCGAAACAGCAGACUCGUUUAAUUUUAAUCCACACAAAUGGAUGUUGGUGAAUUUCGACUGCAGCGCUAUGUGGCUCAAAGAUCCCAGUUGGGUGGUGAAUGCUUUCAAUGUGGACCCAUUGUAUUUGAAGCAUGACAUGCAGGGUUCAGCACCCGACUACCGACACUGGCAAAUUCCAUUAGGUCGUCGUUUCCGUGCUUUGAAAUUGUGGUUUGUACUACGUUUGUAUGGCGUUCAAAAUCUACAAGCACACAUAAGACGUCACUGUGGCUAUGCUACACAGUUUGCUGACCUCUGCAGGGCUGAUAAUCGUUUUGAAAUCGUUGGUGAUGUAAAUAUGGGUUUGGUUUGUUUCCGUUUAAAGGGUGCUAAUGACAAGAGUGAGAAACUUUUGAGACUUAUUAACGGACGCGGUAACAUACAUAUGGUGCCGAGUAAAAUAAAUGAUGUAUACUUUUUGCGUAUGGCUGUUUGCUCCAGAUUCACCAAGCCAGAGGAUAUGGAGUAUUCUUGGCAUGAAGUUAGUGAAGCUGCCAAUGACAUCUGCAAGGAGUAAAAACAAUAAAACCAUUCGUAUUAAAAAUGAAGACUUAAAACAUAAAGAAAGAAAAUGACUCAUUUAGGGAACGAACCUGAAGUUGUACUUCAAUUGGUUCUAUGACAACGAAUGCCUGCUAACAUUCUCUCUACUAUAUAUAUUCCAUUAGUAUAUAAAUGCUUAAAUAUAUUAUUGUUGUUGAUAUUAUAGCCAAAUACUAUUUACUUAAUGCUUUUAACAGUUUUGCAUUGUUGUUGUGUGUUAUAUGCUAAUAAGUAAGCUAUUUAUAAGCUUUAAAUCGAAGUUAAUGUUAUUAAAUCGUAAUUAAAAAAAUAUCA